AAAUGCAAGAAAAGAACAAUGAUUAUCAUAAUGCUGCCUUAUUUGUUUAAUUUUGAUCACUGUUAUAUUAUUAUUAAAAUGUUUUGUACAAGAAAACUCAUCUACAAGCAAUUGAUUUACAUUGGCCAUAUUUUAUAUGAAAUUUUUAAACACAAUACUAUUGCUAUUGGAUCAUAUAAACUGCAACAAAAACAUCCUCAUUCCUCUGCCUGGAAAUGGUUCAAGGUAAAUGCUUGCAUUGUGUCACGCUUCAUUGACGGUGAGUUGAACUAUUUUCAUGGCUAACCGUAUUAGAAAGUAUGGAGUCCACAAGCUUUUAAAUAACUACCUAUAUAGCGUGCUUGUUAUACGAAUUAUUUCUACAGGAUGGCAACAAUCGUUGGCCAUGAAAGACUUAAUAUAAAAAUGGCAAACAUGCAACAACUGCUUCACACUUCACUUAAAGCUACGCACAGAAGAAGCUCGUGUUAGAAACAUUUACAAAGAUGAAGUACUUCGUUGCAUUUGCCUUGCUGGCUCUGGCCGCUGUCUCCAACGGAUCCUACUUGCCAGCUGUGCAGUCGGUCCUUCCGUAUUCCUACAACUCUGGACUAUACGGACUGGGUCUGAACUCGUAUGAUGGUCUGGGUCACUACUCCGGGCUUGCUGGACUUGGAUAUUCCUCUGUGCUGGAUAAUGGACUGUCCUACCCAUACUCGGCCGCUCUUCCGUACUCUGUCUACAACAACGGUUUGUACGGAGGAUACUACGGCGCCAAGUACGCCCCAACUGUGGUCCAGGCUAACGUAAACACUCUGAACACCGUCAAUCCAUUGGGUCUUUAUGGAGGAUACUAUGGAGCGAAAUAUGCCCCGACUGUGGUCCAGGCCAACGUGAACGCUCUGAAGACAGUCAAUCCGCUGGGUCUGUAUGGAGGAUACGGUGUGGAAAACGGAUACGGUCUGGGUCACGGAUAUGGCUACGGAUACAACAACUACCUCCCAGUCCAGGCCCAUGCUGCGAAAUACGUUGCAGCCAACCCGGGAGCCGUCCAUGUAGCCCCGCUACCAGGACAUCUAGUCAACCAGAAGUCUAUUGUGGCUUAAAUGAAUAGGUAGAAAUGUGUAAGAGUAUUUCAAGGUUUCAAUAAAAUAUAU